UUCUUUUUUUCCCCAACACCAUUUUCAGUUCCAUUUGAAAGAAACUAAUCUCUCUAUCUCUCUCUCUAUAAAACCCAACAAAACCCCCCACCAUUUUUCUCCCUCUCCUCUCUCAUUUAACCAUGGAUUCCGUCGCCUUUCUCAAGUUCUUCAAACAUUCCGGCGCCGACGAAUUACAGAAACAGGAGGAGGAGGAGGAAGAAGAAGAAGAAGAAGAAGAAGAAGAUUCGUUCUUUGAUAUCGAGUUUUUCUCUGUUUCCGCUGGAAAGAUUCAAAGCCCAGAACAGAGACCUCAAAUUCCGACCAAAUUAGGAGACCAUAUAAACCUCUGUUCCGAUUCCAUUUCCAAAAGAAAGAUUCUUCCAAUCGAGCCCACUUCGAAGCCGCAAUCUCCGAUUCAGCUCCUCAAAUCGGCACCCAAGUUCCCUGUUUUCAUCUUCAAGAAACAGAGAUCAAUGGCCAAAAACAAAGCACCUACCGGACAAGAAGGAGACCAAAGCGGAGUUCCGAGCUCCAAGCUCACUAGAGACAACAGCACGAGAAGAUUCGGAGGCAUUUUUCCGUCUGACCCAUGUGAACCUCCAGUUCCGGCUCCGACGAGGCGGUUCUCGAAGGAGGCGGUGCGGAAAUAUUUCAAACUGAUUAAGCCUAAGGUUUUGAGAAAACCCACCGACAGCGGCAGCGAUUUAUCGUCGUCGUCGGCGGCGGCUGUGGAUUCGCCGGUGAGGGAGAAGCACGAGAAUGGACUUCCGGCGGGGAUUCGUUUGGUGUGUCGACAUCUGGGUAAGAGCAAAUCAGCGUCGGCGGCUGGAGGAUUGGCAGCGGCGGUGGUUCCUCCGCCGAACCGGAGGGAUGAUUCGUUGUUGCAACAACACGACGGGAUUCAAAGCGCCAUUUUACACUGCAAAAGAUCCUUCAACGCCUCCUCAGAGAAACCUCUGUCUUUGUCAUCAAGGUCUGAAACUACAGCUUCACAAGAAAGGCCAAGAAGUCUAUCUUGCAAAGAUUUUAGUUUCAAAGAAAGCAAGGAGGAAGGGAAUUAAAGAGGAUGAUGAAGAAAGGGUGGAAUUAAAGAAAUGGUUAAUUUGUUUUGUUGUUUGUAAAGGGAAUGGAAAUUUUUGGGUGAAGAAGAAAAAUGAUGAUGAAGUAGAAAAAAAAAUUGGGUUUUUUAGGGUUUUAGGGUGCGAGUGAGUUUGGGAUGGGAUGUGUAAAGAGGAAAGGGCUCAUAAUUAUUAUCAAAGAAUUUGAAAAGAUAUCUGAUUCUGAAAA